AUGCAAAUAGGGAAGGAGGAGGAUGGCCUUAAAUCACUAGAGAAUUCAGAUGUCAGCAACGCCACCGAUAGGCCUACAAAUCGAGUCAAGCGACGAAGACUGAAUAUCUCUGACGGUGUUGGCCCCGGCACUGUUAUCACUGGCAGUAACAAUCACGAGGAUUUUCUAUCAGGGAUUCAAUCAAGUGCUCGUUCAGACAAUGUAGACCAAGGAACCAGAGAAACCAGUAUUGUUAUAGAUCUUACGAAGAUUCAAAAGGCGUUAGAGCAGAGCGUUCCUGCUGAGAAGAAGAGGGCCAGAGGUUGCCUUCGAGGGCAAUCGCUCAUACUGCUCGAUACUUGA